AUGUCAGAGCAAAAACGUAUACGGUUAUCAGGAGCUGCAUAUCGAAAACAAAAAUUAAAACGUGAUGAAGAAAUUAAAAAAAACUCUGGUUCCUUUGAAAAAUAUUUGAAAAAAAAUAAUGAAGUUUUAAAUAAUCCAGAAACACAUUCUAAAAUUAUUUCAGAAGAACCAAAUACCUUAGAAGUUACUGACAGUUUAAAAGAAGUUGGUAACUCAGAACAAAUUUCCGAUAGCAUUGACAUUUUCAAUAAUGAAAUAAACAUAACGUUGGAAGAAAAUGCGAGUAUUAAAUCUAAUGAAAAUGAAAAUAACAUAUCUGACCCCGGGACAUGGCCAGCGAUUUUUUCAAAUUCAUUACGACUUCAAUUAGUAAAAACAGGUCCCAUUAAACCAAAUAAAGAUUUUAAAUAUCCUAGAGAUGCGUUAAAUCGACGGUUUCCAAUUUCAAUUUUAAGUAAAGAAUUAAAAAAUGGUGAAGUUAUAGAACGUACGUGGUUAAUUUAUUCUGUUAAAAAUGAUGUUGUGUACUGUUUUUGUUGUAAAAUAUUUAGUAGUGAAAAUUAUGCACUGACUAAAUUUGGCUGUAAUGAUUGGAAAAACGUACACAAUAUAGUUAAAGAACAUGAAACAUGCAAAAUAUAUUUUAAUUCUUUAAAAAAAUGGAUGGAACUGUCUGCUAGAUUAAAUAGCAAUCAAACCAUAGAUGCUGCCCAUCAACGUGUAUUAAAUAAUGAAACUCGGCAUUGGCAAAAUGUACUUGAGCGUUUAAUGGCAAUCGUUGAAUUUCUUGGUAAACAAUGUUUACCUUUUCGAGGUACAAACGAUAUUCUUUACGAAAACAAUAAUGGCAAUUUUCUCGGACUAGUACAGCUGCUGGCAAAAUUUGAUAGUGUUUUAUCAGAACAUGUUCGUAGAAUUCAAAAUAAGGAGAUUCAUAAUCAUUAUCUAGGUAAGGGGAUUCAAAAUGAAAUUAUACAUUUACUUUCUCGAGCAAUUAAAAAUAAAAUACUUGAAAAGUUAAAAAAUGCUAAGUAUUAUUCAAUAAUUGUAGAUUGUACUCCCGAUAAAAGUAGAGUAGAACAAAUGUCAAUAACUAUACGGUUUGUUGAUAUUAACCGAGAUACAAAAAAAAUAUAUAUUUGUGAACAUUUUCUUGGGUUUAUUCCGGUUGAUAUUACCACAGGUCAAGAACUUACAAAUGCAAUAUUGUCAGAAUUAAAAAUAAAUAAAAUUCCAAUACAGGAUAUGCGAGGACAAGGUUAUGAUAAUGGCUCAAACAUGAAAGGUCGUAAUUCUGGUGUACAAAAAAAAAUUUUAGAUAUAAAUAGUCGUGCUUUUUUUGUACCAUGUCAUGCUCACACACUAAAUUUAGUUGUAAAUGAUACUGCUAAAUCAUCAACUGGAGCAAGCAAAUUUUUUAUUCAAAUUCAAGCUAUAUUUGUAUUUUUAAGUGGUUCUACUCGUCGAUGGGCUGUUUUAAAAAAACAUAUAACACAAUUAACUUUAAAGCCAUUAAGUGAAACUAGAUGGGAGAGUAGAAUAGAUGCUAUUAGACCAUUCAGAUAUCAAACAGGUGAAAUAUUUGAUGCAUUAUACGAAAUAAGUCAGGAUAUAUCUUUUGAUCAAAUUACCCGAUUAGAAGCUGAAUCUUUAGCUAAAAAAAUAAAAAAUUUUAACUUUGUGUGUUGCGUUGUAAUUUGGCAUUCAAUUUUAAAUCAAAUAAAUCUAGCAAGUAAAGUGUUACAGAAAGUAACAUUAGAUAUAUCUGGCGCAGAAAAUAUUUUAUCUGAAACAAUUAAUUUUUUGAAAAAAAUUCGAUGUGAUGAGAGUUUUGAUAAAUUCUUAAGAGAUGCUGAAACCAUAGCUCUUGAAUUGGAUAUUGAGGCUUCUUUUAGGCAACAAACUUCUAUACGCCCACGAAAAAAGAAAACUGUGUUCUUUUCUUAUGAACAACCAGAUGAACCCAUAAUUAAUUUAAAAACUAAAUUUAAAGUUGAAUUAUACUUUUAUAUAUUAGACGUAGCUCUCAAUUCUCUCGAAGAAAGAUUUGAACAAUUACAUAACCACUGCGAUAACUUUAAAUUUUUGUAUGAUAUAAGUAGUCUAAAAAGUAUAACGAAAGAUAACAUUGUGAAAAAUUGUAUGGAUCUUCAAUUGCUACUAUCAGAAAAUGAAAAUGUUAGUAAUUCAGAUAUUGAUGCUAUAGAAAUGACAGAUGAGUUAGUAGCAAUAUCUGAGUUAUUAAAACCCAACAGUACUCCAUUAGAAGUGUUACAGUUUAUUGUAAACAAUAACAAUUUUGUACCAAAUGUAGCUGUAGCACUUCGAAUUAUUUUAACUAUGCCCGUGUCGGUCGCAUCUGGUGAACGGAGCUUUUCAAAAUUAAAAAUAAUUAAAAACUAUUUGAGGUCUUCUAUGAAUCAAGAAAGGUUAAGUGAUCUUGCUACAAUUUCUAUUGAAAAAGAAGUAAUGGAAAAUCUGGAGUUCAAAAAUUUACUGAUUGAUUUUGCCCAAGAAAAGGCUCGCAAAAUUAAUUUUAUUUAA